UCGUACAAAGUUUAGAAGUAGAUUUUCGAAGCAAAUUACAGUAAUUCCAGCAUUGUUUAACUCAUUAAAAUCUUAAUUAACAAAUUAGUCUCGAACACUGACAACAAUUUUGGAAGUAAUAUGUCUCCGAAGCAGUGGCUGGCAUUGCUGUGUGUUUAUAUUUCAUAUUUAUUUUUCGGAGCAAGCAUAUUUUAUUACAUCGAACAUGCAACUGAGCUCAGAAAGAGGGCCGCCCAGCUAGAAGAACGAAUUUCUAUUAAUGAACUUCUCGUAAAAUAUGCAUCACCGGACGACAAACAAAAUCAGAACAAAGUGCUCCAAACUUUAUCGAACUAUUGCGACCGACCGGUAACAAAUUACACUUUGGAUGAGUAUCCGGUUGACUUUGAAUGGACAUUUUUUCAUUCAUUCUGGUUUUCAUUCAUCGUUUGUUCGACCGUAGGCUAUGGUAACAGCUCUCCACACGAUCAACCGGGGCAAGCUUUUUGCAUACUUUUCGCAAUCAUCGGGCUACCUCUCAACGGCUUUGUGUUAGCAUACUUAGGACAGUAUUUCAGCAAAACUGUCACUCGUAUUUACAAUUGGUACAAAGGCCAUGCAAAUUCGCACAAUCACCAGCAUGAUGCAAUCAAAAAAUUCGGAUUGAUUGGAACGUUGGCCAUGUACUUAGUUCCGGGAAUUGCGUUCUUCAUCUUCCUACCAGCGUGUCUCUUCACAUAUUUUGAGGAUUGGCCGUAUGUGAGAUCGGUUUAUUAUUCGUUUGUAACACUCACAACGAUUGGAUUUGGAGAUUUUGUGCCAACGUUUCAAGACGGUCAGGCUCGAAAAUUCGGAUUGUCCUUCGUAUUCUACCAGAUUUUUAUUCCUAUUUGGAAUUUCAUAGGUGUCGGAUAUUUCAUAAUGAUCAUUGGCUUUAUUGCAAAGGGAAUGCAGAGUAAACGAGUUGCCCAGUUAGAACAUCAACUAUCAAUGAACAUUAAAGGAACUCAACAUCGAAUAUGGACCGAAUUCACUAAAGAUGUGAACUUUCUGCGACGCAUUCUGAACGAAGCUCAUUUGAUGAAAUUUCGACCCAUGUACACUAAUCCAACUGAAAGAGCAUCAUUACAUUCAAUUCCGCGAUCAGCUUCUUGUCCAGAAAUAUCAAUUUAUCGAGAUGAAUACGCACGGGUUUCCACUUCACGAAAGCGUGCAUACUCCGAGAACUGCGAACGUUUCAGUAAUUCGUCCACACUUACUCUGAAUCGGUCUCAAUCUGAUGGAGAACUAAGUCGCAUCGAUAAGGAGAAAACGUUCAGAGACUCGGGAUCGUUGUUUCAAACUAACGAUUUAAUAUCAAACGUACUGAAUGCGUUGGGCAGCAUUCGACCAUCAGUGAAUGAAGAUGUGCAUAGCUGUUUGGAAAUGUACAGUGGAGAACCGGUACAGACUGACGGCUCAUACGAAUGGACGUGGGAUGGAAGCAAUUCUGAUCAAAUCGAAGACUAUAUGAAGAAUAAGACGAAGAAAAAUUCCAUCGGUUCAAUAUUUCGUAACCAAUCUGAGUCAGAAAUGCAUCUGGAUACGCAGAACAGAUCAUUCAUGAACAAAUUCAAUCCGUUCAAAGAUAGAGUAUUGAGCCAGGAAUCGCGAAGGUGUUCUGUGGCCAGCCAAGACAGCAACCCUCAAAAAUAUUUGGACAAUACAUCGAGAGGACGAGAAUCUCUAGUCAGUAUGUCUCAGUUCACAUGUGAAAAUAUGGAAUUGCUACAAACAACAAGUAUUGCCGAUCUAAUUCGUGCUGUCGAGGGAACCCAACCCAAAAUGAACGUAUCACCAGAAACUCCGUUACUUGCAGAAUACAAAGAGAAAUCGACAUUAAAAACUGGAACAAUUGGAUCGACCCCAGGCUUGAGAAGAGGUUCGCUUCGCCCAACUCAUGACUACACAACCAUUUUUGUGAGUAGCCAAAAUAUGAAGCCACCAAAUCCUAGCAGAGGACCUAAUAAUUCAACAAGCAUAAUAACACCGAAACGCACGACAAGAAGGAUACGCUCUACAAGUUCGUCCAUUCCAACUGUUCAAGAACAUUAUGCAUUGAAUCAAUCAAUGUCUACGUUGCACAGAACAAUGUCAUUACGCCCUACUGCACUUAAGCAAAGAAACGUGGGAUCGAUUGGAGCUAUACAAGAAAUGCCCAUGAUAACCCUGCAACCACCGAAUGUUUCUAGGAGAGAUUUACUGUGGCACCCGGAGUACCAAGACAAAGUGUCAUUGCAAAAUGAAUUACGAAGAAAACGAGCAGACUCCAAGUAAAUCGCCUUCAUUAUUCGAGCAUUCCACAGCAGGAAUUUAUUUAUUUUUUUCGUUCACUUAAUCUACGUAGUUGACAUCAUCGGUUUGGUUCUUGUAAAUGUUGUAUUUAAGAGUCCUACGUAAAGUUCCGUUAACUGUUGGUUUGACCCGAGACACAAAUUGUUACAAAUAAUAUCGCGUAAACUUUUGAGCCGAUUCGAUUCCACCUGUUCCUUCUUUUGUUGCAAUAAUCGAUUAAUUUUUGAUAGCAAAUCUUGUACUUCUCUAAUACAUAACAUUUCUCACAGCAAAAUUUAUGUUCCCAUAAAGGUUUCUCACUUCACGAAAAUGCAAAUAACAGACUCGCUAAUAACUUGUGAUAUGAUUGCUGUCUGUGAAGAGUUUAGUGAGCGAAUUUUUCGAAUCGGAGUUACACUUAUAUACGGAAUAUUCGUCUCGACACAAAGCUUCGAACUAUCUAAGAAAUCUGGACACAAUAGAAACUGCUAGACUCCUUUUCCGAGACUUCAAAUUCACAUCAUUUUGUUCAUUAACUCACCAUGGUUCUGUAACAGUCAAACUAUUGUGAAAGAACAACUGUCGUUCCUCUAUCGAAAAUCUCUUUCGAAUCGGUUCAAGUUUUCGCGAUAUCACACCAAAACUAUGACAAUGCAGCACGACGAAUAUUAGUUGCUGCGCUGCAUUCAAUGAAAUGAAAGACGUUUUUCGAACUAAAUCACGUAAUGUUAAAGUGAUCGUAUGUACAAUCACAUGAUGACGGUCAAAUAAGUACACAUAAUUAAUAGCAAUCAUACUAACGCUUUAGGCAUACAACAAAUUCGUUUGAAAAUUACCGAUCCAAAGAUCGAUUGGUCUCAAAAUUGUUUGGAACAAUGUGUAGAGGUGCAAAUUUUAUUGUAAAUUUGUCACCUGAAAAAUGAAAUGAUUAUCAGAAAUGUAUGCAUUGCUAAAUGAGUCGAGCAUUUUUUUCUUUAAACGAAGUAGGGUGUAUCAACAAGGGCCUUGUUCCAAGGCAAUUGACUAAAUACAAUCCAAAUAAUCUUUAUAUUCUUCUGCACCGAAAACCGUUCAUUUCAUCAGUGAACCAUUUUUUCGGUGCUCUCAGCAUGUAAAAUAUUGUACGUAACUCGGAUGAAAAAUUAAAGGUCAAGUUUUCGCGUGGUUUUUGACAUCAGCUUCGCCUCGGAUUAACAAACUUCACGCGAAAACUCAACUUUUCAACUUUUUCGCUCGUUCACGGACGUAUCUAUUUAAGGGCUGUGUCAUCUGUUAUUAAUGUUGAACUCUGGAAAGCGUAAGUUAAAAGUAACGUGAAUUUUUCUGAAGCAUCCUGUAGGUAGGAGACCUAAAAAUAAAUUGUAGCAAAAUUGAGUCUUUCACUACAUUUUGAUAAUUUUAUGAUAGAACUUUAGUGUUGGAUUAAGAGGCGUUGCUGGUGGAUAAUUCGAAUAUUGAUCCAGCUUAACAAUCAAUUUAAUUACCGUUAGAUUAAAAUCAAUAAAAUGUAAAACA